AUGCACGGCAGCGGUCACAGGAUGCCUCCCUUGGGCACGGACGGCGUCGGCGGCGAUCCUCCCAAGGGGACCAUCGCCAUGGACGACGCGUCCACCGACGAACCGCGGUCGGUACCGUCGAAAACCCCGUCGGCGAAGGCCAGCCCCGCGCGCGAUUCCGACGGCGCGACCGUGCCUUUGAAAGAUACAAUCGCCGACGGAGGAGAUCCCGCCUCCCCGAUCGAGUCCGCCGCGCUUCGCAGCCGCGUGAUUCAGCUCGAGGCCGAGCUCGCCGAGGCCAUGACGAUGGCGGAGAAUCCAUCCUCCGUCGAGCUCGCCGCCGCGCGGUCCAGGUCGAUCUCCCUCGAGGCGGAGCUGGAGAGCGCGAGGGCGGACGCGCGGAAGAGCGAAGAGGCGAUGGGCGGAAUGCUCCGGAUGCAGCGCGCCAUGUCGAGCGCGCAGAAGGCGAAGAUCACGCAGCUGCAGGAACAGAACGCGCAGCUCGAGGCGCGAAUCGUCGAACUGAACGCGUCCCUGGCGGAGGCGCGGACGACCGCGGACGCCGAGCGCCAAUCCCGCGAGGAACUGCGACGCGAGGCUGAGAAAUUCGAGGCGCACGUCAACGACGCCAUCGAGUCGCGGGAGGCGCAGUGGGGCGCCGCCAACGCCCACGCGGUGAACGAGGUGCGGUCAGAGCUCAAGGCGGCGAAGGAACUGACGCGGAAGAUGCACGUGGCGCACGCGGCGGCCAAGCUUCGCUGGGCGGCGGAGCGAGCGCACAUCAUUCAUUCCGUUCAUUCGGUUCACACCGCCGGGGAGGACGCGGGCGUGGACUCUGCCCACUCCCUGGGCGCGCUCGCGGCGGCUCGCGCGCGUUCCGACGUCGCGGGUUCGAUCCCUCCCUCGGGUGGCGGACACCACGACCCGAGGGCGCUCGCCGCGGAGGUUGCGGCGUCGUCGGCGCCGGGAACGGCGCUUCACGCGCUCCUCGCCGCGACGACCCGUUUCUCGACGGACGCGCGACGAACCGGACAACCGUCGGACGAAACGGCUGGGGGCGAAACGGCUGGCGACGAUUCCGCGCACGACGACCCGCUUCGCGAGUUGCUCCGCGACGCCAUGGAGGAGGAGGUGGCCGCCGCCAUCGAGCGGGGGUACCACCGUGACGGCGAUACAAUCGUCGUCGGAGCCAACGAGAUCGUCGAGGCGAUCGUCGCCAAGUACUCGGAGCGCGGAGACGACGGGGACGGGGCACGGGGAGGCGGGGACGGGUCGCAGGGAGGCGGGGACGGGGAGUCGGCACCCUCGGGGACGACGCGCGAUUCGGGCGGGGAGCGGCGUGACGAAUCCCGCCGAAACGUCGACGACGUAAAUUCCGACGACGAGGAGCGAGGCGCGUGGCGGGCCGAGAGGGCGUCGCUCGUCGCCGAGCUGGCGCGCGCCCGCGCCGCGGCGGACGCGGCGGACACGAGGGCGGCGCUGCUCACCGCGAACGGCGCGAACGGGCUCGCGAACGGCGGGGAUGAUUCCCAAAACGUCGACGACCUCGCCGCCGCGUACGAGGCUGAGGAGGCAAAGGCUGUGGCGGCGCUGGAAAUCGCCGCGGAGUUACGCGCGAACGCGCUCGAGGCGGAGCUCGAGGCGCUCAGGCGACGGGCGGUGUCGCCCGCGCAACUUCGCGCGGUGCUCGAGGAGCUCCGAACGCUGCGCGCCAAGACGGAGGCGCUCAAGCAGGGGUGCGUCAUGACGCAGAGGCUGGUGCGACCCACCGUGGAGUCGGCCAUCGCGUGCCUGCGACUGGACGCCGCCGAGGGCGCGAGACAGGGUUCCCUAGCAGACGGAGCAGACGGAGGAAGAGGAGGAGGAGGAGGAGGUGGUGGAGGUGGUGGUACAGAUGGAGGAGGCAACACGACGACGCCGGGGUUCGAACCGAGGACCUCGACGACUCCCGGAGCGAGGAUCGGUUUCGUCUCGCCUCGGACGGCGGCGAACGGCCUGAACGACGGAACGCCGCGCACCCCGUCGGUGGGACAAAUCGGAGGGUACCCCCGCGCGUCGUCGUCGUCCGCCGCCGCUAACACGGCCGUUACAGCCGUUACAGCCGAGGACCUCCCGGAGACGUUUCGCGUCGCGAUGGACGGGCUCGGGUUUUCGAAGUCGCUUCGCAAGUCGGCGGCGGUGCUCGUGGCGGAGGCGGAGGCGGACGCGGCGCGCCGCGCGCUGGCGUCCGCGGCGAAGAAGGCGCUCGCGUCCAUCAUGGACUCGCCCGCGGGAAGGAACCGACGCGCCGGUUGA